UGUUCGUCUUGUUCAGUAGUAGCGUCAAUCUCGUUUAUCGAGUUUGUAGAAUUGUGAAGUGUUGAUUAAAGAUAUAUAAUUAUUAAAUUUAUCAUAAAAUUAUUAUUUUAGAUAUUAAAAACGUCCGAAGGUAUACACAAAUGUCUGAAUCGGAUCUUUUAGCUACUGAUCAUAUUGAUGGUCUAGAUGGACUUGAAAAUGGUCAAGAUGGAGAUGCCAUUAUGCAAUGUGAUGGUGUAAAACGUGAAUUAAAUGAAGCAAAUAUCGAUGAUCCGGAAUUAGAAGCUAUUAAAGCACGUGUUAGAGAAAUGGAAGAAGAAGCAGAAAAAUUAAAACAAUUACAAUCUGAAGUGGACAAACAAAUGAAUAUGGGUAGUCCACCUGGAAUAACAAGUCCAUUAAAUAUGUCCCUUGAAGACAAAAUGGAAGUUGAUAAUAGAUCCAUUUAUGUUGGUAAUGUUGAUUAUGGCGCUACAGCAGAAGAAUUAGAACAACAUUUUCAUGGCUGUGGCAGUGUUAAUAGAGUAACAAUAUUGUGCAAUAAAUUUGAUGGACAUCCCAAAGGUUUUGCUUAUAUAGAAUUUGCAGAACGUGAUUCUGUACAAACAGCUAUGGCUAUGGAUGAAUCUAUGUUUAGAGGACGUCAAAUUAAAGUAAUGCCUAAAAGAACAAAUAGACCUGGAUUGUCAGUGACAAAUAGGGGACCACGAGGAACGCGAGGCUACCGAGGUAUAGCCAGAGGAAUCAUACGUGGUAGUGCAUAUUUUGGAUAUAGACCUAUAAGGCGACCUAGGAGUUACAGACGAGGAUAUUAUAUGCCGUAUUGACCGUUUUAAUAUAUUGUAUUGGAAUUUUACAAUUGAG